AUGAAACAGAAUCACAAAACGGAGGUGAGAAUCGUGCAGAUUACUGUUGGUUUGUUACAAUAACAGCUAAUUUUGGUAAACAUUCUUUUUUUUUUUAAGACAUUAAGAGUUACUGUGUAAACCGUAUGACAAUUGUAGCAUUUUUACCUGCUUUUAAAUGUUCGUUUAUCUUUCCACAUGCAGGUUAGCCGCACAAGGUUUCGCCUAUUGUCGCUUUUAUGCAUAGUUAGUCAUUUCAUCGUGAUUUUGCACAACAUCGCAAAUGUUACUAGCGACAGUUUGCAAAGCGGUGAGAACUGUGUAUCAUCUAUCAAAGGAGUUGUUCUCGUGAAACAUAAUUACGCAUCAUUUGUUGCCCAGAACAUGUUCGCGUGUUAUUACCAGUGUAAAGGAGACAGACGAUGUCAGAGCUUUAAUUUUUAUGAAAAGACGAAAAUUUGUGAGCUGAACAACCGCACUCAGAUCGUGGGACAUUCGAAUUUUCAGCCACAGGAGGGCGCCUUUUACAUGGAUAACCCCUUCAGAGGUAUGAAGUCUAUUUCUUAAUUUCCGUUCUUAUCUGUUGUCUUAUUUUGUAAAUAACAAUUACCCUAUGAAAACGAUAGAGAACUGACCCUUCUAUUCUCCAAACUGGCUACCAACACUUAACUAAAACCUGUCUUCAGAAAACACAAUACCGAUGGCAGGAAAAGGCAUGAUACAAAUUGUCUGAGCAGCGAAAUCCAAAGGCAGUUUCAGGCGACUUGCUUGUCUGGCAAAAAAACCUCAUGAAAUUGUGACAGUUACGAAAGUUUUUAAGACUUGAGGUACGGCACAAAUGUGUGGGCCGGAUCUAUUUAAAAGUCUAUAAUAUCAUUGUUAUAUUAUCAGUCUUUUUUACAUCUUUUGACAAAAAUUUUCUCAGCUGAAAAAGUAGAAGGGUAAAUGAAACUUUGGAAGAUGCUAGAAUUGAAUAGGGUGUGCUUAAUUUGAAAAUUUACAGAUUUCCGGCAGAUUAAUGAGUAAAGAUUGAAAUUUUAAGCCGCCAUUUUCGACGCAUUUGAGAGGAAGUCGGCGCUUAGUAUCAUUCGUCCUUGAAACAAAAGAUUUUGAUUUAAUUAGUGUCAUUGCUGUUUCCCAUUACGUACAGUGUACGAAGGAUCAUUGAGGUAAUUGCAGUCUUCAUCUAGCCGUCUGUCAGCCGUGAAGUGCAAUAUUACAUUAACAUAAAAAAGAUACCCAUAGCGGUUGUGAAUAUGACCCAUUCAGAAAGGAUUGUUUUCAAGGACGGGGAAGUUUGAUAUGGACUGCAAAUUACCAAAGUCAUCCUCCUGAAAUUUCAAAUAAAGCCAUGAUUCUUUUAGGUGAUCUGCAAAGUUAGCAAUUGCAGCAAAGACACCUUAAAGAAAUUCAAGUUCCAACGGGAAAUAAACCCGUGCCUCUCAGACUUAUAUUUGGACUAAACGUUGGAAGUGGAGCACAUUUUCAAGGGUUGUUAUUUCCCGUGGAGGAACCUGAUAACAAUUUGCAUCAAAUGAAAUUUAUUUCAUUUUAAAUUGCCUCUGAGAAUGUAUAGUUUAUAGUUUGGUCCCAUGGGGUGGUCACGACACUGCGAUUGGUCUUCGCCCGGAGAUGACUGAUUGAUUACUGCAGCUAAGCCUUGUGCAAAAUGAAAAUUUUUAUCUUACCCAGAAAACUUUUAAUCACAUGUCAAUUUCUCUCCCGCUACUUAAGCCACACCAGGCUCCUUUUCCGAGCUUCCUGCAAUCUCCUGUCAAGAAAUAAAGGAAAGUUCCGGCGGACUGGUACCUAGCGGAAGAUUUUGGUUACAUUCAGGGGAAUCUGGUAAAAACCUCAAGACAGCUUACUGCGAUAUGGAAAGAGGAGGUGAGGGCCUGUGUCACGUUUUGCCCAUUCAUUUACUUGUUCAUCCAUUUAUGUGUUUAUUCAUGGGUUUACCUCAUUUAUCAUCUGGAAUUACAGCACGUUGCAUUGUUUAUUCGUCAGCAGUCUAAUUCGAAAAUUUGAUAAGAUUAAUUUUCUCCCCUUUGAUCUACUCCCGCAGUCAUCGUGGAAUGCACCAGCAAUCCAUGUCAGAAUGGUGGUACAUGUGACUAUCAGGGGAAGGGACAGUAUACAUGUCGUUGUCCACAAGGGUACAGCGGGGAUCACUGCGAAAAGGGUGAGAAAAUAAAAUUACCAAGUAGAGUGGGAUGAGAAGAACUUAAAAUGGUUGUAGAAUCUCAAGCAUACAUUUUUACUCUGUAACUGUUAGGUGUUCAGGUAAGAGAAAUUAUUGACAAAACCUCAAGCAUCAAUGAAAAAAUUUAUCAGUAUCAUCUUCUAAUAAUGUACAUAAAAAAUUACGCGUUUCUGAUUGGCUGACAACCAAUGCAUUCUCAUAUGUCAGGAGUACAAAGGUGUAACACGAGUGCAAAUUACAAAUAGCGCGCGUACGCUUUCACAAUGUCGUUUGACUUGACUUUCUGGGAUGUUUUUCGUGCACAUUAAUAACAAGUGAUAACAGGAUUUCUCUUGCAAUUCGAUGUAAAAAGCACUUAUAAAUUUUCAAAGACUACAAAUUAGACUAGCCUUACUGGCUCGUGCAAUUUUGUUGUCUUUGAAAAAGUUACUCGUGCUUUUUACCUAUACUCAUUAUAUUGAAAUAAGUAAGUUAUCGUUAUGGUUUUCAUCAUGGAUUUAAUGAUAAAAACUGAGAUAAUGUCAAUAAUAAUAAUAAUAAUAACAAUAAUGAUAAUAGUGAUUAAAAUAACGCAUAUCAUCACUUUCAUUAUCGGUAUCCUCUUUGUCAAUAGACAUUAUCAUUAAUUCUAUCCUGUUAAGAACAUUUUAUUUAUCAUUGCUCUUCUGUUUGAUAUUUCAUUGAUGUCGCAUGGAGAUUUUACGUGAAACAUCAUCUUCUUCCAUUCUUGUCAUAGACGCGUGUUCCAGCCAGCCAUGUUUGAACGGAGGCAUAUGCAAUGCUACCGCGAAUGGUUUUACAUGUUCAUGUUCGCCAUUGCUAACCGGUGUACGCUGCGAGAUUGGUAUAGGUAAGUUUUGCGAUGAAAGCAAUUCCAAAGGGCAUUUUAUACUAAUUGUCAGAAGUAGCUUGUGAUUCCAUUGUUUCUGCGCAACAAGACUCAAUGACUUGUGUAUAAUAUUGGCGCCACCAUCAGCACGAUGCUGACCAAUUUCAAUCAGAUUAUGUUUUCGUUAGUCAGAUUUUACCACGCUCCAGAUCCUUUGACCCCUGAGAGUGACUUGCAUCUAAUGUCUUCUUACAAUUUCACUCCUGACUCAAAUAUCAUGGUCAAUGGAAUAAAGGAAAUGACCACCAACUUAAGAUGCUCUUGAUUAUUAAACAGAUUCUCCUUGUCAGUUCCUUAGAAAAUUAUAGAGAACAGUGUGGAGAAAAUGCAAAAGGGUGUUAAAGGGUUAGCGUGGUCUGUGAACUUAGGCCGUAUCAAGAGCUCAUGCAGUGAACUUUCAUCAGCCCCUGCAUAAUACCAGCUGUCCUCGUUACUAAGGUUUAGAAAACUGCUCUCUAAUCUCAUUUCCCUGUGGAAUAUUCCAUGUCUUGUCCGUUUUUCAACCAGGUCGCGUUACUCAGUCUUUCACUGUUGCAGGUUGUAGCAACAAAUCUAUAGAUAAAAAAAUUGUGAUUUCUAGCAGUCCACAGUAUUUUCAGUUAAUACACAUGGCCACUUCUAGCGGGGCGGACCGUAUAAAAAUUUAGGACCACCUUAGAAAAGUAGCCAUAGGUCCAAACUUUACAACAUUACAACCAUUUAAUAAUAGUAAUAAUAGUAAUAGUAAGAACACUAUUACUAAUAAUAAUAAUAAUAAUAAUACUAAUAAAACUAAUCAUGAUGAUAAUAAUAGUAGAAAUUCAUACUGCGUGGGUUCUACACUCGUAAUCAACUGUACUCGACAAUUUCAUAAUAUUUAUGCGUAAAAAUUAAAGUUUACACUUUUAACUAAACUUUAAAGUUUUUAAUUCUUUUCGUUCCUUUUCAGGGGUGGGGUGUGAUAAUUACGCAAUGAACAAUGACCUUGAUCGGAGUGUUCAUGUACUUAAAUCCGAUAGUAAAUGCGAUGACGCAUUGUUAGAGGGCUGGUACCGCUUCAAUAGCACCGCGGGCACAAGAAUACCAGACUACUGUGUGAACACGACAAUGUGCAACACUCACUCUCCUGGUUGGCUCAACGGGAAUCACCCGACUCCGCAAGAGGGUGCCGUGAACCGCACCGUUUGUUUCAAUUUCAGCUCAAAAUGUUGCGCGUGGACCUCAGCUAUAAUGAUGAGGAAUUGUGGGUUGUUUUUUACGUAUAAACUGUCGCCCACUACACAAUGUGACCUCAGGUAUUGCGUGACAAAUUAG